CGGAGGGAGGCGGGCCGGUGACUCAUGGCUUCCCAGCGGCGAGCGGCUCCUCCCCGCGGCCGCCGGCCCCGCCGCAGCCCCCGGCACAUGGGCCGAGGGUCGGGGUGCUCGGAGCUGGGGAUGGCCGGAGCUGCCGGCCGCUGCCCGGAUUGCUCGGAAGCCGACCGGGCUCGGGGAAGGGGCCGCGGGGUCCCUCCGUGCGUUCCCCACCUGGGGAUCGCGGUGGAUGAGGGCGAUGUGCUGCCCGGGGCGCUGCGGCUGGUGCGGGAGCUGAGACCCGGCUGGGAGCCGGCGAGGGUGAAGACCAAGCUCUUCACCGACGGCAUCACCAACAAGCUGGUGGCCUGCUACACGGACGAGGACAUGGUGGACGCCGUGCUGGUGCGCAUCUACGGCAGGAAAACGGAGCUCUUCGUGGACCGGGAGACGGAGCUGAGGAACUUCCAGGUGCUGCGCGCCCACGGCUGCGCCCCCGACCUCUACUGCGCCUUCCAGAACGGGCUCUGCUACGAGUUCCUGCCCGGCAUCGCCCUGGGGCCCGACCACGUGCGGGACCCCCGCAUAUUCAGGCUGGUGGCCCAGGAGAUGGCCCGGGUGCACGCCAUCCACGCCAACGGGAGCCUCCCCAAGCCCAUCCUCUGGCAGAAGCUGCACAAAUACCUCACCCUCGUGAAGAUGGACCUCAGCCCAAAGGUACCCAACCCCAGCGUCCACCAGGACGUGCCCAGCCUGGAAACGCUUGAACACGAGCUGGCCUGGAUGAAGGAGACGCUGUCCCAGCUGGGCUCCCCGGUGGUGCUGUGCCACAACGACCUGCUCUGCAAGAACAUCAUCUACAACAGGACGCAGGAGCAAGUUCGGUUCAUCGACUACGAGUACACCGGCUACAACUACCAGGCCUUCGACAUCGGGAACCACUUCAACGAGUUUGCGGGCGUGAAGGAGGUGGAUUACCGCCUCUACCCCAGCAAGGACACCCAGCUGCAGUGGCUGCGCUCCUACCUGCAGGCUUACAAGCAGCUCACCCAGGGCGAGCAGGGGGGCGCGGGGCCAGCCGUGUCCGACAAGGAGCUGGAGGCUCUCUACGUGCAAGUGAACAAGUUUUCCUUGGCAUCCCAUUUCCUCUGGGCAUGCUGGGGCCUGAUCCAGGAUAAAUACUCUACCAUAGACUUUAACUUCUUAAGAUAUGCAAAGCUAAGAUUUAAACAGUACUUCAAGAUGAAGCCGGUGGUCACAGCCCUGCAGCUCUCCAAAUAGCAUCUCUGGCCCGUGAGACCCUGAGCUAUUUUGUCCUUGCUGCGUCCACAGCCCCCGGCGCCCCCCUCGCCCCUUCCCCGCCCCAGCCGGGGGUGAGGGCAGGUCCUGCUGGUGGCGAGGGGGGGAGAGGAGCUCUGCCCCAGCCCCCCCGCUUAAAGGACACCCUGGACAUACCCAAGACUGGACCACGAGACGCUCGACAGGACCACGGCCUCGGGGAGGUCCCUGCCCUGCGCAAGGAAACCUCGCCACCCGGCUCAGCCCCGCUGCCCAGCGGCUCCGUGCCCCGCUGGCACCGCUGCUGCCGGGCCUGGCAGCGGGUUUAUUCCCUCCGUGCCGUCCCCAAGGGAGGGAUCGGGUCCCCCCCCCAGCUGCUCAGCAGCCCCAGGAGCUGCCAGGUCGCUCCAGCUGCCCAACGCACACGCUGCGCCCGUCGCCGUCUUGGCUCCCUGCCUCCUCCUUGCUCGGUGUCCCUCGGGCUCUCACCCCCCCCCCAAAAAAAAAAAAACAAAAUAACACCUUUUAGGUCAGUGUUGAUCCCAGAUUUGGGGCCGUCUCUGAGCAGGGGACCCUUUUCCAUACCGGCUCCAGGAUGCUGCGAGGCAGCGAGGGGCAGCGAUGGCUCGGGGUGCCCGCGCCCCCCGCGCUGCGCUCAGCCCACAGCUGCUUUUCCCUGGGGGGGCGAGGUCUCCUGGGCCCCCCAUCUCCUCCCUGACCCCCCUUACAGCAUCCCACAGCAGGGCAGCUCCCCCAGCACCGGGGGGGUGAGAGGGGGUUGGUGCUGCCCCAUCCUUGUGCCCUUGGCGCAGCGCCGUGUGGGACACCCCGGUGAUGGAGCCACCCUGCCCCAAAAAGUGGGGGGGGGGCACAGCUUUGUCCCCGGGUGGCGUUCAUCAUCAUCAUCAGCUGGGGAGGUGGGGGGGGAGUUGGGGACAGCGGACUGUCAGGGCCCAGGAAUUUACCCCACUUUUUUUUGUUGGGGGUUUUUUGGGGACUUUUUGUUGCGUUCGGUGUUGGUUUCGGUGCGCAAUAAAAGCUGCUGGUAGCUGGAAA